ACCUGCCUUUGUCCUAAUGUUGUUACUUUGUUCUGGGAAAAUAAGUCCCUAUCUGAUCCCACUGAUUGCCCCUCUUGGUUCUGGUCAUGUGACAUGAAUUACAAAGGGUCUUUGUGUUAGUCUUUUAUACCUGUUGUGGAUCAAGCUUAUCUACCAAAAAAAAAUCACUCAAAAAGAAAGAUGUAUUUAAAAAAGAAAAAUUAACACAACAAAGAAGAUCAUAAAGAUAAGGGAUGGAUGUAUAAUUAACAGCAGAUUUCAGUCAGUACUCACUGCAAAACCCCCCUCUGUCUAUUGGCUACAAUUGUGGGGUGGGGGGGGGUGUCACCGGUGGCAUCAACCCAACAACCAGCUGUAUAAAACCCCGCUCUCCUCUUCAUACGUGAAAAACCACCAGCAAUGUCCAUCGGUCUCGGUCAUAAACGAACGCUGCUGUUGUGGGUGUUGGCCGCAGCGGUGACCGUGGUGUCGGGGUCAGACGCCCCCCUGUCAGGGCCUCCCCAGACACUCCAGGCCCUCCACUGCCCACCUUGCGAGAGGAUUCACUGCACCUCCCGUCGCGCCCUCAGGCUCCAGUGUAGAGGCGGGCUGACCACGGGCGUCUGCGGCUGCUGCCCGGCGUGUGCCAGGACCGCGGGGGAGGGCUGCGGGGGGGCCUGGGACUACCUGGGGAAGUGCGACGAGGGGCUGGUGUGUGUCUACCAGCAGGCCGUCCUGCCCACUGAAGGAGAACCGGAGGAACGUAAGGGGAUCUGUAAAACAGUGCUAGAGACCCUCGACGUGGAGUCAUGCCGUCCAGAAUGUACCUGGGAGUACUGCCAAGCCAACCCGUCCGAAAUCUGCUCUGCCAGGCCAGUCUCUCUGGAGAAGCAGGAGUGUCAAGGGUCCCUGCCAGCACACCUCCUGCUCAAGCUGUCUGGUUUGAGACCCCUUUGUCAAACUCCUGCCCCAAGACAUGUGCGCCCUCUGACCCCACCUGCUGUGCAUCGCUUUGGCAUGUGUGUCCAAAGCCACCUGAAUGGGCCUCACCAACACAACCACAUCUGCCACCACAACCUGAAGAGUAAUGCAGAGGGAUAUUUGUGUGCUUGGUGCCUGGCUGUCCAAAUUCUGUGAACUGAUGGUUUGCAUUGAGGAAAAGAAAACCUGAUGUAAACAAAUAUUGAAUGGCAGCUAUUUUCAAAUACACCAUGGGACUGAUUUCAACGUGACAGCAGCAGACUUAUCUUGGAUGUAACUAAAUCAAUAACAUAAAAACAUAUACUAAAUAUACACCAGUCAGCCAUAACAUUAUGACCACGCUGCCUAAUAUUGUGUGGG